GUGAGGAACUCCAGAGGCAAAUAACCAAUUUCUCUACGAACAUAUACAAUGAUGUCUUGUUUUGAGAUGUUAGCUUGCGUGGUCCAAGCUUCAUUACUAUUUCUGUGCUUGACUUCAGCAGAGACAGAUCUUGAAGUAGAAAUCAACGAGACCGUCAUUUGUACCAAGGACUUGAUAGAAGUUGAAAUUCCAAAUGAGUUUUUUUUGGCCAAGCAGCCUCCAAUUUCAAUUUCAGAUUUGCACCUAAAUGAUCCUGAAUGUCGUGGCAGAGAAACCGAACACUCCUAUAUAUUUAGUAUUCAAACCAACUUCACAGACUGUGGGACUUUAAUGGCUUCUGACGAUUCCCAUAUUGUGUUCAUCAACACUAUACACAGUAACUCCUCUGAUGUUGUCACAAGGUCAUAUAUCAAUAUUACGUUUUCAUGCCGCUAUCCUAUCAACUACAUGGUACAGCAGCCACAUGGAGAGAACCGGAUUAGUGUCGAUAUUAGGACUAUAACACUGACCACCGAGGAUGGAAACUUCUCUGUCUCUAUGAUGCUGUACAAGGAUAAGGGAUUUCAAGACAUGUGGACAACAGUACCAUUUCUUAAACUUGAGGACAACAUAUUUGUUAGAGUUCACAUGAUUCCAGGUCACUUGAUAAUCAGGUUGGAAAAAUGCUGGGCAACUCCAACAGACGACCCAUCUCAUCCUGUGCAAUAUACAUUCAUACAAGACAGCUGCUCACAUGUAUACCUGGAUGAAACCAUGUCAAUAAUAAUGAAUGGAGUUGGUGCAGAAGCCAUGUUUAGGAUCCAGAUGUUCAAGUUUGUAGGCCUUGCUUACAAUAAUGUCUUCCUACACUGCACCGUUCAGAUAUGUCAUAAUACAGAAGAAAUCUGCAAGCCGAAUUGCACUAAGUACCGAAGAGUAGCUAGACAGAGAAGAGACAUUUCCGCUGCUCAUACUGUUACAUACGGCCCUAUUAGCCUCAAAGUAUCAGACGACGGAGCCUCCGACACAGCUAGAGGGAAUUCCCUGCCAGUAGAGACAAUGGUCCUCAUUGGUGUCCUGACUGUUGUUCUGGCGAUUGCUGGCGUCUUUGCAAAACUCUUGUUUAACUCUAGGAGAUCCUACCCAACCAUGCAAGCCCAGUUAACUCUCGCCAAUAUUCACCAUUCUGAAGUUGCAUCUUGAGGACAGGCACACAAUGCUAUAUGAUAUUGCACUGGAAACAUCAUGGUGUUGGACCUAUUAUCAUCCAGACCUUGAAGUACAUUUUACCUCUCUGAUAUUUUAUCAAUAUUGAAUGCAUCCUGAUCUGGACAC